UCAGUCAGUACCCUCUUCACAUGGUUGGCGCACGAAUGAUGUGCAGCAAUAUCCCUGGAUUGGUGGGGAAACAGAAGAAGCUGUGUCGCAUCUAUCCUGAUGUGAUGCUUAGCCUGAGGGAAGGAGUUCAAAUAGGAGUAAAAGAAUGUCAGUUUCAAUUACGAAACCAACGUUGGAACUGCAGUACCUUAGAUCGAGAUGCAUCAGUAUUUGGCAAAGCCAUGCUUAAAGGAAGCCGAGAGGCUGCAUUCGUAUACGCCAUAUCUUCUUCUGCUGUAGUGCAUGCAAUCACACGAGCCUGUAGUAAAGGGACGUUGCGGGACUGUUCUUGUGAUCCAACAAAAAUGGGCAAAGGACGUGAUAAAAAAGGCAAUUUUGAAUGGGGAGGCUGCAGUGACAACGUGCGCUACGGGAGCGACUUUUCACGAAUGUUUAUUGAUGCGCGAGAAAAAAAAGUUCGUGAUGCCAGAGCGCUAAUGAAUCUACAUAACAACAGAGCUGGGAGGAGGGCAGUAAAACGCUUCAUGAAGCUGGAAUGCAAGUGCCAUGGAGUUUCGGGUUCCUGUUCCAUACGUACAUGCUGGUCUGCGAUGAUGGAAUUCCGUAGAGUUGGCGACUACCUCAAAAACAAAUACAAUGGUGCUGUACAAGUAAUGAUGAACCAAGAAGGUACUGGACUUAUUGUGGCCAACAAAGACCACAAGCGACCGACCAGGUCUGAUCUCGUCUAUUUCGAGUCAUCACCCGAUUAUUGUGUCAGAGAUCUUGAAAUUGGUUCUCUCGGGACAGCAGGUCGCCAGUGCAACAAAACGUCAAUGGGCCCCGAUGGAUGCGACAUAAUGUGCUGCGGGCGAGGAUAUGAUACAGAAACAGUGAAAAUGAUAAAGAAGUGCCAGUGCAAAUUUCUCUGGUGUUGCCAAGUGAAAUGCAAAGAAUGCACAGAAUAUGUGGACUUGCAUACAUGCAAAGGGCCAAGCCUAACAGAGAGAAAAUGAUUAGGGUUUACCUUUAGUUGUUUUUGUAUAUAAUAAUGAUAAUAAUAAUAAUGAUUAUUAUUAUUAUUAUAAUUUCUUUGAGACAAGACAGGACUACAUACGAAUACUGCCGCGGCACAUGCGUUCCACAAUCACGAUUUUGCAUUGCGACAGAUCAAACGUUAUCACUGAGAUAUCAUACAGAAGCAGACAUACACAAGACUACAUCCACAGUUAUAAAUAUAUGAAUUCACACGAAUUUUCACACAUGCAUUACAAACGUUUAGAAAUAUGUAUAUCUAUACACUGUUACACACAUGUACACAUAUGAACUGAAUUUAUCCAUACAUGCAUACGGUCAUUUACAGUUACAAAUAGACAUAUAAACCCCACAAGCAUAUAUUUGUCAAUUACAAUUAUUUCCAUCUCCCUCUCUAUUAUAUACAGACAUAAAUACUUACGUACAUAUAUAUGUAUGUGU